UUAAUAGGCAUUUGAGCAAAACCGACAUUAUCAUUUUUAUACCCUAUGCUUGUAUCACAGAUAAAAACUCGAAAGUCCCAGAAUAUCGAAACCCGAAGAAGAAAGCAAGUCGAUUUGAAGCCGUACAGGUGAGAAAGUUCUUUACCAACAUUGCUUCUUUGAUUACUUGAAACCUAAGAUCUCCUUUUUUUUUUUUUAUGCUUAACAUUGAAGAUAAUCGAUCAUUGAAUUUGGGUUUCCAUUGUUGCCCAAACAAGUUUCCCCUGUAACUUUUUCUAGAUUCUCUAAGAAAGCUGCCCCUAUAAUCGAUGCUAUUCAAGAAACCCAUUUCACAGAAAAGUGUUCUAAUCCUGUUGAGAUAGUGAAGCGUGUGAGUCUUUAACUUAUUUUAGAGGAUUUAGAUCCAGCAAGUAUAUAAAUUUCACUGAUUUUGGAGGGACACUUAAAAUCUUCUAAGUAUGAGUGGGCUGUAUCUCGAUUCUUAGUGCAAAAGGGUUCUUGAUUCUUUUACGGGUUUAGCGUUGAUGUGAAGAUUCUUGUAUUGAAUUUUCGUAAUCGACAUCGAAGAAUUGUGGAGAGUCAGGAGAGAUUUUGGAGUAGGGUGUGAAAAGGGUGGAAUAAUGGGAAGGCCUUUGAUUUAUGAGAUUUUGGAAAAGCCAGCCACAAGUUGUAUCAUAGGACUAUGCAGUGCAAUCUGGUUCUACAUUCAGAAGAAAAACAUUGGGUAUUCUCAUGUGGGCUUGAGUUAUGAAAACGCCAUUGAAGGGCACCAUUGGAGGAUUAUAACUUCGGCCUUUUCACAUAUAAGCAUUCUUCAUCUUGUGUUUAAUAUGAGUGCACUUUGGAGUCUUGGUGUGGUUGAGAAGUUGGGGCCGUUGGGACUUGGGGUUGAAUAUUAUCUUCAUUACACACUUGUCCUGGUUGUUCUCUCUGGCAUACUAGUUUUGGGGAUGUACCAUAUUCUAAUUCAAAGAUUCAAGAUUGAGUACUUUAAGAGAGUAACAGCUGUUGGAUAUUCUUGUGUUGUUUUUGGGUGGAUGACGAUUCUUUCUGUGAGACAGCCAUCAUCCAAAUUGGAUCUUUUUGGGUUUCUUUCACUCCCUAUCAGUUUUGCACCAUUUGAGUCACUUAUUUUUACUUCUAUUAUUGUUCCACAAGCUAGUUUUCUAGGACAUUUGUCAGGAAUCAUUGUUGGGUAUGCCAUUGCAUGGGGUUUGAUUCAUGGAAUGAGUAACUUUUGGGCAAUUUCCAUGUUGGGAUGGAUUGUGCUUGUUUUUGUCUUCAGUUUGAAGCGCGCUGGUGCAUAUGACAUCAGUUUUCUUGAGAUCGAAUCUGUUACCGAUCCUUCUUUGCCUUCUGUUCGGUUUCUACCAUCUGGAAAUGGUAGAACACUGCAGAUGAGUGCAUUACCAGUUUCUGGUGCUGAGAUUGUGUAGCAUAAUGUCCUCUGAUCUUUGCCUGACUGGGAAUGAAAUGGAAGUCCUAUAUAGUUUUAGUUUUGGUUUGCCAGACUUAUCAGGUCAUAGUUUACGCCGCUAUUUGUGUUGUCAGAAUCUAGAUCAUGUCAGAUUUUGCUGCCUGUUCUGCGUUCCUGAUUAAAGUUGAGGUGCUAUCUUUAACCCAUCACGGUGGCAGGUGCAUUCUAUUUGCUGCAAAUGUGACAUCUAAGGUUGGUGGGCAUUGAUUUUAUAUCCUUUAUUGUUUGAGCAGAGCAUAACUCUUUGUAGCUAUAUUUUGAGCAGCAUGUAUAUGAAUUCAUGAUUGUUUCUCAAAGAAGUCUAAGAAUGUUUAAUUUUGGUAGGAUAGAUUUUGACAGUACACCAUUGAUUCAGCUAAAUGAAGAAUAAACAGAUUCGAAGGGACAAACAUACGGGUUUUUAUUAAUGGUUAGGAGAGGAGCUCACUAGUUUUGGAAGAAGCUUCAAAAGAUUAGGGUAGAAUCUUAAGCCAAUCCAUUGUUCUGUAAUCACCCGUGACAACUUCUUAUGAUGCCUUAAUCAGAGUUUGAAAGGGUCUAGAUAAUGUUGCAAACGUCUCUCCUUUGUCUGCAUUUUGAGUAUAUAUUUUUUUAUCAAUUUUUUUUCAGUCAUUUUGAGUUAUUAAUUGGUUCCUACGUACCAACCAUUUAUAUUGGCAAGCUUGUGAACAUAAUCAUGAAAAUAGAGUGAGCACUUAAGGGAAAAUACCAAUGGUAUCUUUGUUUUCUAUUUGGGAAAUUUCAUGUUAUAUGCACGAUAAUUUAGUAAAA